UUGUGAAAUUUCCCGGUUUGAAUUGCCGGCAGAACGCGGAAGGGUGAAGAUAUAAAUCCUCUGUGCUCUCAGUCAUUCUGCUCGCCGCCGAUCUUUACUGAAUAACAAAAAUUCUGGUUGCAUCAUUUGAUAUUGGAGUUACCGAAAUUGAAGCUGCGAUUGAGCGAUUAAGCAGAAAGCAGUGAUGAAAAGCAGUUCCUGGAAGCAGAAGGAGCUCAUCGUUCUCGUCCUAUACGCCGUCGUUUUCUAUGCCCUCGUCAUUCGUCGUUCUCUUCAGCUCUCCCAUGAUCACCACGCAAAGCUAUAUGGUUUGCGCCCUGGCUGGAUCUUCGGCCGCCUUAUUGAUGCUUCUGACGCACAAUGGAGAAAUUUCAGGCAGAACUUACCAAUUCUCACUGGUGUGUUCGGGAUUUUCACAUUGGUUGCUAAUCUCCUCAAAAUAUCGUUUUCUUUGAGGGCGAAGGGAAUGUCUUUCUAUUGGAUUAUGAUUUCUCUGGCAUAUUUAUUUUACCUACAUGGAGCCUGCAUCUUAUUUAUCUUUGGUAUUGCUUCAGCUAACUUUUUCCUUGUAAAGAUAUUUGGAAGGACAAAAUACUUCUUAUAUGGGCUAUGGAUCUUUAACCUAUCAUUUCUUGUGUGUAAUCGCAUUUAUGAGGGAUAUCGGUUCUCUAGUUUUGGAGAACACUGGGCUUAUUUGGAUGACUUCCGCGGGACCUUCAGAUGGCAUAUCUGCUUUAAUUUUGUUGUUUUGCGUAUGAUAAGCUUUGGUCAUGAUUACCAUUGGACUGAUCAAUACAGUGGUUCUGAUCACAAGAAGCAUAUUCAGCGCUGUGACCAUUGUUCAACUGGCAAAACAUGCUACCUAGUCUUACAGGAAAGAAGAGUAACAAAUGACAAGUUCUCAUUUCCCAUAUACUUGUGCUAUUUGGUUUAUGCUCCUCUUUACAUUGCUGGACCAAUCAUUAGCUUCAAUGCAUUUGCUUCGCAGUUGGAUUCUCCCCAGAACAUAUACUCAUCCCGAGAAGUUGCUUGGUAUGGAUUCCGAUGGGUUUUCUGUCUUUCACUAAUGGAAUUCAUGACACAGUUCUUUUACUAUAAUGCCUUUGCUAUUAGUGGGUUGUGGAAACAAUUGUCUCCAAUGGACAUCUUUAUCAUUGGAUAUGGUGUCCUAAACUUCAUGUGGCUAAAAUUUUUCCUGAUCUGGCGCUACUUCCGGUUCUGGUCACUGAUUAAUGGCAUUGUGCCUCCAGAGAAUAUGCCAAGGUGCAUAAACAAUUGCCACAAUCUGGAAAGUUUUUGGAAAAACUGGCAUGCUUCAUUCAACAAGUGGCUUGUCAGGUAUGUUUAUAUACCUCUUGGGGGUUCCCAGAAGAAGCUGCUGAAUGUUUGGGUUGUCUUCACCUUUGUAGCUGUGUGGCAUGAUUUAGAGUGGAAGCUUCUUUCUUGGGCGUGGUUGACUUGUAUAUUUUUUAUACCAGAAAUGCUGAUAAAAUCAGCAGCUAAUGCCUUUCAGGUUGAGGGCGCCUUUUGGGAAUUUAUUUUUCGUGAACUCAGUGCUGUUGCUGGUGCAGUGACAAUUACUUGCCUGAUGGUGGCUAAUCUUGUCGGGUUUGUGAUUGGCCCAUCAGGCGUUAAUUGGUUGGUUUCGGGGUUCCUUCAGGAAGGAGGUUCGUCCCUUUACUUUCAUCUUAUGGUUUAUAUAUACUGGAGUUUGUUGCAUUUUAUUUUGUUUCAGGUCUGCUCACACUCGGUGGCUUGUUCGUUUCAUUUUACGUUGGAACUAAGCUCAUGUUUCACAUCGCUGAUUCUAAGCAAAGGAAGGACAAGAGUAGAUGAUAUGAAGGUUUGUUCUUGCAGCUGUUUCUUGGGCCCAAAUUUAGCAAAUUGGAACCCUAACAUGUCAAGAGUAACAUCAUUUUCUUGAAUCGCUCGUGAUUUGGUUCAAUUUCUUGAGCUAAUAGAAAAUGAUCAAAAUUUUCUUGUGGAAAUUCUCUUUAAAGUUGCAUAACACAAUGUAUUAUUCUUUGAAUGAUACGUAAAGUUUAUUUUGGUA